GCGACAAAAAUAAAAUAUCCGACAAUCCCAAAACCCGUGUUGCCUCCGCGAUCUUUUGAGAGAACAAAAUGAAGGCAAGACGCGCGUUACACUUUGUCUUCAAAGUCGGCGAUCGAACUCAGACCAUCCGUUUUUACCGAGAGCUACUGGGCAUGCGCGUCCUGAGGCAUGAAGAAUUUGAAGAAGGUUGCAAGGCCACCUGCAACGGUCCCUAUGAUGGCAAAUGGAGUAAAACUAUGGUGGGCUACGGACCGGAGGACGGCCACUUUGUCGCAGAGCUGACUUACAACUACGGUGUUGGGAAUUACCACCUUGGCAACGAUUUUCUGGGGAUGACCGUCGCCUCGAGCCAGGCUGUGAAAAAUGCCAGGAAGUUACAGUGGCCGCUGAAGGAGACCUCAGCAGGCGUUUAUGAAUCAGAAGCCCCAGGAGGAUAUAAGUUCUUUCUGGAAGACAAAGAACGAUCUCAAGGAGAUCUGGUGGUGAAGGUGACUCUGGCUGUAUCCAACCUGUCGAAAUCGGUGGAUUACUGGUCCAAAUUGCUGGGCAUGAAAGUGUAUGAGAAGGACGAAGGCAAGAAGAAAGUUUUGCUCGGUUAUGCCGAUAACCAGUGUAAACUCGAGUUGCAAAGCAUCGGCCAGGAUGUGGAUCACGGCACAGCCUUUGGACGAAUCGCCUUCUCUUGCCCGAAGGAAGAGUUGCCGGUUAUUGAAGCCUUAAUGAAAAAGGAGAACCAAAAAAUUUUGACGCCUCUUGUGAGCCUGGACACACCUGGGAAAGCAACGGUGCAAGUCGUCAUUUUGGCUGAUCCUGAUGGCCACGAAAUUUGCUUCGUGGGCGACGAGGCCUUCAGGGAGCUCUCCAAGGUGGACCCGAACGGCGAGAAGCUCUUGGACGAGGCAAUGGCGGCCGAUAAGAGCCACGAGUGGUUUGCCAAACAUAACCGCCCGAAGCCUUCAGCGUAACACACCUACAAUUCCUCCUGAACCUGGCAAACAGGAAGCUUAAAUUCCACCUCUACGGUAUUGCCAGAUUUUUCUUUUUCUUUUUAAGUUUCUUUUCCCUGCCUCUUCUGGCUCCUGCAGGGUUUCGCGGUGAGAUGUCAUUGUGUGUUCCAGCCAACGCAACCUGAGCUUCCCGCCAGACCCAGUUGUGGCCGACGUGUCUUGUGGUUUUUUGCACAAUUACUUUUCUCAUUCCAAUGAAAGAAAAAUGCAUCAGUUGAACUUUGGCUGGGAAAUUACUCGGGAUGGAUUGCAAGGAAGAUCUCGACCUGUCCAGGCCUGCUGGCUAAAAUUGAAAUGUCUUUCCCCCCCCCCCCCAAACCUUCGAUUUAAUUCUAGCAAAUUGGCAUUCCGCUCCGUUUAACGUGGCUCAAAUUUUGAGCGGAUGUGUAGUGCCAGAUUUUGGCGCAGAGAUUCAGUGUGCUGUACUUUCAGCCGGGCAAGAUAGUUUUGAUUGCAACUGCCAUUUUUUGACACAACCUUGCUUGCCCCUUUGGGCAUUUUUCUCUUCCCCUCCACCCCGAGCAUUAGCGCAUAACUCAAGAUUUAUGAACCGUAGAGGCAGCUCCGAGAUUUCACAAACGCGAAACCUGGUUUACAGGCCAAUUGCGGAGAGAGAGAAAAAAUAAAACGGAGGUUGAGAAUUACACUGACCUGCAAAAUCUCGAACGUGAGCUCUGUGGAAUUUAAAAGAAAACGUAUAAAAAAUGUUUGUAUA